CACUAAGAAACACAGUCACCGCACUCUACUACAAACCACAGCCAAGUCACCAACAUCUACAAGUAAUCCCCCAGAAUUUCACACAGAAACGACAAUGUGCUGCCGAAGACGCCGCGCAGCCCGCCAAGCCUGGCUCGAACAACGUGGCCUCGGCGGUCCUCGCGGCUGCCAUGGCGCCCGCCACUUCGGCCCCGGCCCCGGAGGCCCGCCAUUCCGUCCGCCCUGGGCAUCAGGAGGCGGCGGCGGUGGUCCCCCCUUUGGCCGCUGGCGCGACAUCCCACGCGACAGCGUCCCUCAAGAUCCCUUCCGCGAUCCUCCCGCUGCCCCUCGCAACGACCCAGCGACCAGGGACCCGGAAAAGGGCGCCGUCGAGAUGAAUUUCAGGGACGUAGAGAAGAGCACACCUGCACCGACCCCGGCUCCGGCCCCAACUGCGGCUCCAGCUCCGGAGGGUGAUUCGAAGAGGGUGUCAUUCAUGUCUGGUCCGUUUUCACGGUGGAGAGAGUCCGUUAGGAGCGGUGGGGGCGAUGUGAGGAGGUCGUCUUCGAAUGCGACGUUGCCUCCUAGAUAUACCUCUGGUGUCACCGAGGCGCCGUAUUGGAGUGGUGAGCAGGCCGGAAAUAGGGGUUCCAUGCCGCCGAAUUACGAUGUGGCGAUUAAAAACUGAGGCAAUCACGGGAGAAACGCCGCUAGGGACAUUGAUGCAUUGGGGGGCGGAUCUGGGCUACAUGUGAAGCGGUAGCGAGUGUAUACAGAGUCGGAAAGGGUUCUUCUUUUUACAUUAUUACAGAGAAUUAUACGCAGCACGUUGUUUGCCUACAGUUGUUCG